AUGAAGACCUUUAGCUCCAUCCUUCUCAUGACCGUCCUGGCCAGUCCAGUUCUCGGCCGACAGGUGCCUCAGAACGUCCGCGACCUGUAUAACUCGGUUCGCGCGCAGGGAUCUUGCAACAACGAGCUCAAGGGUGGCUUUUAUAGCCAGGAAAAUGACUCCAAAAAUUUCGGAUACUGCGGAGACCACCUCUCGGACUAUAACAUCCUGUAUCUCCAGGGGAGGAACGGCGAGCUCGUCAACAUGGACAUUGACUGCGACGGAGCUCUGGGCGACGGGGACGGAAGCUGCGACAGCUCCGGGGACACUCAAGGCCAGACGACCUUCCAGGAACAGGUCGAAGGCUAUGGGAAGGGCGUCAAAGACCUGAACGCCUACGUGCACUCAUACGUCGUGCUAGGCAACGAUGGCAGCAAGGAUGGCUACAUCACGUUCAAGCCGGAGCAGUACGGCGUGGAUCCCUUGUCAAUCGUCGCCGUCGUCUGCGGCGACAAUAUGUUCUACGCUGUAUGGGGCGACACCAACGGUGACGACGGCCCUCCCCUCGUCGGCGAGGUAUCCGACUCGCUCGGCAGGGCCUGCUACGGCGACGCGGUCAACGGAAACGAGGCGCACGACCAAAACGACAUUCUGUACAUCGCGUUCACCGGCGGUGACGCCGUGCCGGGUGCGGACGGCGCGCAGUGGGAUGCGGACAGCUUCGACUCUUUCGAGGCGUCGCUGGGCUCGCUCGGCGACCGCCUCGUGCAGCGCAUCAUCGGCGGCGGCGGCGGCGGCGGCAACAACCCUGGAAAUCCGCCCAGCUGCUCCUGGGAGGGACACUGCCAGGGUGCGCGCUGCUCGUCUGAUGAUGACUGCGAUGGUGAGUUGCAGUGCCAGUCCGGCAAGUGUUCACAGUAG